UAUAUACAUUCAACUGCAAAAUUGCAUUUUCCCUGAUUUUCAUUUACUAAAAUACAGCCAAAUGGACUGGAGACUGCCACAAUACUACGUCGCCACGGUUUUUGACUGAAAAGACAUUAUAUGGCAUGCUCUUGUUGAUAGUGCGUAAGCUGGUUGUUAAGAAUGGUCACCCGGAAGUGAGUGAGUGUUUUGCUGUUACCGUUUUGGCUGUCUCACAUAAAACUGAAACAUGGCUGCCUCUACAUCAAGCUUCAGAGGACCACAUUCACAACGCAAUAACACGACUAAUUUUAAUCCCAACAACUCUCAAAGUAACAGCCACGAUCCUUCACAGCCAUGGGAAAUAAUAAAACCAUCAAUCACGGAGCUAACCAAAGAGGUGCGGACAAAUAUCCUCUGCACCGUGGAAGGAUGUGGAAAAAUCCUGCCAAAUACCCCUGCCCUCAACAUGCAUCUCGUCAAAUCCCACCGGAUUCAGGAUGGCAUGGUCAAUCCAACUGUGCGAAAGAAGAAAGAUAUAAAGGCAUCGCAGAAACUUUACUGCUGUCCAAUGGAAGGAUGCCUACGAGGACCAAACAGACCUUUCUCACAGUUUUCUCUGGUUAAACAGCACUUUAUGAAGAUACACGCUGAAAAGAAAUACAAAUGUGCCAAGUGCGGUAACUCUUAUAGCACUGAGUGGGACUUGAAACGGCAUUCUGAGGUCUGUGGGAAGAUGUACCGGUGCACAUGUGGAUGCCCCUAUGCCUGCAGGGCAGCAUUGUUGUCACAUAUCUACAGGACAGGGCAUGAGAUCCCUGCAGAACACAGAUAUCCACCAGUUAAAAAGAGGAAGAUGGAAGAGUCAUUAGGUGGAGCAACAAAACAAAGACACAACGGACAGAUGUUUCAAAUUGUUAGCAUAGCGCAAGAGCUGUCAGAGGUUUAUGUGGCGUCAAGUGGUCCCUGCCAAUCCAAUGUUGGAAACCAAAACCCUACACCAACCAAGAAACUGCUCUUGCCAAAGCCCAGGGUAGCCCUGGUGAAAGUCCCUGUGAUGCAGUUUGCCCAUGUGCCAAUCAUUGUAUCCUCAGCAGAACACUCAGUCAAGCCGGUUGUAGUGGCAGUUGACAAUCAAGGAUCUGUAAUAAGCAAUGUGCAUCUCCUUCCCCAAUCAAUGGGAACACUGGACACAAAAGCUUUGACCUUCAGAGAUACCAUGCCUAUAUCGAGAUUGGCCUUGGAACCUGUCGGUACUGGCGUGCAGGUGAAUCUUGAAGCCAUGGCUUCCAACCAUAACAUUUUGGCAGAAAUGGGCUAUAGAAAUAAGAGCAUUUCCACAAACAUUCAGACCGAUGUAUCAUACCUUUCAAAGGGCUCUACACCACUGAGUUCUUGCCCUGUCAAUGACUCAUCUGUGUCAUCUUGUGCCCAAACAGAUAUAAGUGUUAAUGCUCAGGUGCUGCUGCCCAUCAAUGUACAAACCCAGACAUUUCCCUCUCCCUACAAAAUGACUUCUUCCAUAGGCGCCCAGACUGACUCUUUUGGCCAAACCUAUUACCCCUCCUAUGCUGUUACCAGAGAAACCCAAACCAGCUCUAAUCUAAGCACUACAGAGUGCAGAGAACAGCAAAUGGACCAAAAUAUAAUGUGCACAGACAUUUUUGAGAAUGACUCCUCUUACAGCGUCUCGACACAAACCAGUUUAAAAAGCAACUGCUUAACAGAGAAUGUGGACCAACAUUUGACCUCCAGUAGCAACCCCAGUCUUUUUGAUGAGAAAUCAAUUGGUGUUAUGUGUUUCAGUGCACAGACAUCUUUGCUCCCAAACACUGUGGCAGACAAUCAAACUCAAACAAUGAAUUUAUUUAGUGAUCUUGAAAACAUCCUAUCAAAUAGCAUGACUGGUCACUCCCUUGACAACCAUGGCCCGUUGCCAGAUGCCAGCACAACUUGUGAAGUGGGUCUGACGUCUGUCCAGGAACGAAAUACGGGAAUUGACUUUGACUUUGAGGAGUUCUUGAAUGCAGCUCACACACAGACUCAAACUGAGAAGAGUGAAUUAGGCACUUUAAACUCUGAGCCAAUCUUGGAAUCUCUUGACAUUGAAACUCAAACAGACUUUUUGUUCUGUGAUGAUCACGCUCCCAAUUACAAUAACAGAGUUCAGUCAAACUAUUUGGGUCUUGACAUCCAGACACAAACUGACCUAAAUUGUCUUUUGGACACCAGCAGUCAUAUACCACUGGGCAAUUUUCUGAAACAGUCAAGUUUUUCUAUGAGCAUGGAAUCCUCUGAUACAGAAACGCAGACUGAGGUUCAUCCAGCUCUUCGAUGUAACCCCAGUCAUGAAAGCCAAGUGAAGUCAAGCAGCACUGAGACCCAGACUAUCACUAGCUGCUUUGGAAGCUUGGGAAACUUGUUCUUAACAAGCAAUGAAACCCAAACUGUCAUGGAUGACUUUCUGGUGGCUGAUGUGGCUUGGAACACCCUGGAAUCCCAUUUCAGUUCAGUAGAAACUCAGACAUGUGAGGAACUCUCUUCACUCUUUCAUCACUCUGAUAAUAUCAGCAAUUUAAUUUAGCAGCUGUGAUCAACUGAAGUUCUUGAUGAUGUGUAAGGUUGAGUUACCGUGAACUGUAUAACUGUGAUUAUUAGUAGUAUUGGUACAAAACCAGAUCGGUAUCUAUUCAUAGUGUAAAAGGCUAUGCAGUUCUGGCAAAGAGAUAGUAAACAAUUUCAUAACUAACAUAGUUGUGGACAUUUUGUAGUAGUCCAGCUCAGCACUGCAGUAACUCAAAAAUGGGUAUGGUUAAAGUUUUCCUAUAGAUUUAAUUCUGCAACUGGCAACUAAACCUACUGGAGUUAAGUAGGACUGAAGCAGCUACACAUUCCCCACACAUUCAGCCUGUCUGUGCCUGCUAUUGAAUCACCAGCAUCUUUGGUCAUAUUUAGUGCCAAGGUCCAAUUUCUUUUAUACCUUGAGAGGCAAAUUACCAGCCCCUCGCAAGCUAUCACAUGUGUUCCAGCCACUCCUUGUUUCCCCUACCCAGGUAUGCAAGACUUAAGUUCAGCUCAUACACAAUUAUGUUGCUUAGCACCGUACGUUAUUAAACAUUGUUGCUUCAUGCUGCCUAAUCACUUCAUGUGCUGUAGGUUCUCAAUUAUCUUGCUUUAUACAAAAUACUUACUACUACUAAUAUCAAGAGCUUGUAUCUACUUUGGUAAGAAGGUAUUUCCCCUACAAAAAAUUAUCCUGAAAAUGUUCACAUUUCUUUUUGCCAGUGCUGUAUUUGCCAAUAUUAUAUUGAGGGAUUGUAUUUGUCAUUUAAGACAUGGUAAUAAGUAAUUGCAGCACUCCUACCACUGUGAACACAAAUUGACCCGCUGAUAGAUUUCUCUAUAGUCAUGUUUCACAUAUUGUAUUGCAAACCGUUAAUUUCCAACCACAACCAUGCAUGUUUUUAUUAAAGCCUUAGUUGAAACUAUGUAUUUAUGAAUUCAUCAGAAAAUAAUACAGUGUGUGCAUUUUAUUUUUAACACUAUAGCUUGUAUGUGUUCAAUGCAUUUCAAAGAUGCUAUAAGGUUGUUAUAAUAUGUGACAAUUGCUUACAGUAUUCCUUAAUAUGAAUGGCUUUGCAGGAAAGCAGAUAAUGCUUUUACAUAAUACUCUUGGGUGUUUAUUUUGUAAAAAGUGGGUUCAAAUGCAGGGCAGUAACGGACAAACCAGAAGAAAAAGAAAACACAUUUUCAAGAAUGGUAUGAAUGCAGAACUCAUUGCAUGUCAAAUGCACAAUUUUAUAUUUAUUUAAUCGAGAAAUCGGUAAACAAACGCUUUUGAGACCAGAGAGAAGUCGAAACUAGUCAAAACCUUAGCAAUCUGCAGCUAUAUUCAAACUCUUACUGAGUUGCAAGUGUUUGCAUUCUGUAUCAUGUGCACUUUUCUCCUGUAAAACAGAAAUAUGCUAAGUAUGUGUGUGUGUGUAU